AUGAGUACUGUUGAUAAGAUGUUGAUCAAGGGAAUCCGGAGUUUCGACCCGGAGAACAAGAACGUCAUCACCUUCUUCAAGCCCUUAACCCUAAUCGUUGGUCCCAACGGUGCUGGCAAGACCACCAUCAUUGAGUGCUUGAAGCUUUCCUGCACCGGCGAGUUGCCUCCCAACGCCAGGUCUGGUCACAGCUUCAUUCACGACCCCAAGAUAAAGCUCCGAUUCAAGACGGCCGCCGGUAAAGAUGCCGUCUGUGUGAGGUCCUUUCAGCUUACGCAGAAGGCAUCCAAAAUGGAAUACAAGGCUAUCGAGAGUGUGCUUCAAACCAUCAAUCCUCACACGGGAGAGAAAGUUUGCCCCAGCAAUCGAUGCGCUGACAUGGAUCGAGAGAUUCCUGCCCUCAUGGGUGUUUCCAAGGCCAUUCUCGAAAAUGUUAUAUUCGUUCACCAGGACGAAGCUAACUGGCCCCUACAGGAUCCUUCCACCUUAAAGAAGAAGUUUGACGAUAUAUUUUCCGCAACUCGAUACACCAAGGCGUUGGAAGUUAUAAAGAAACUUCAUAAGGAGCAGGCUCAAGAGAUAAAGACUUACAAGCUCAAACUCGAACAUCUUCAAACUCUCAAAGAUGCUGCUUAUAAGCUACGGGAAAGCAUUGCACAGGAUCAAGAGAAAACAGAGUCAGUGAAAGGUCAAGUACAGCAGUUGGAAGAGAGCAUUAAACAAUUAGAGGAUAAAAUUCAUCAUGCAGAGGAAACAUUGAAGGAUUUGCGGAAGCUGCAAGAGCAGAUAUCAACUAAAACUGCUCAACGAAGCACCCUGCUUAAGGAACAAGAGAAACAACAUGCAGCUCUUGUGGAGGAGAAUGUAGAUUCUGAUGAAUUAUUGAUGGAAUGGAAGACCAAGUUUGAAGAAAGGAUUGCAAUUUUAGAAGCGAAAAUAAGAAAGUUGGAAAGAGAAAUGACCGACCUUGCUGAGAAAGGUACCGCCCUCAUGAAUAUCAUUGGUCAAUCCAACAAAGAGAUUGCCAAACUACAAGCUGAAGCAGAAGCCCACAUGUCUUUGAAGAAUGACCGUGAUUCCUCCAUUCACAGUCUUUUUGCCACAUAUAGUUUGGGACCACUUCCAAGGUCGCCUUUCAGUGUCGAGGUUGCUUUAAAUCUCACUAGUCGUGUAAAAUCCAGGUUGGCAGAUCUCGAGAAGGAUCUGGAUGAUAAAAAGAAAGUAAAUGACAACGAACUUGAGAUGGCAUGGGAUCGCAACAUGAAUGCUAAUGACUGUUGGAAAGAUACUGAUGCUAAAAUAAAGGCUAUGCAAGGGAUCAAGGAUGGCAUUUUUAAGUGCAUCGAAGAGAAGAAAAAUGAGCUCGAUUCAUUUGAACUUCAAAUGACGAAUCUGAAUUUCUCUCACAUAGAUGAAAGAGAAAAAAAUUUGAGAAAUGAGAUUGAGAGGAAGGAAAGCCAACUCUCUCAAAGACAAUUUGAACCAAAUAUACGUCAAGUGCAAAAUGAGAUAUAUAGUAUAGAUCAAAAGAUUAGAGCUGUCAAUCGUGAGAAGGAUAUCAUGGCUUCUGAUUCAGAGGACAGAGUUAUGCUAUCUCACAAGAAAGCAGAGUUGGAAAAUCGGAAGAAGAAACAUAAAAAGAUAUUUGAUGACCAAAAGGACAAAAUUAGAAAGGUGCUAAAAGGGAGGGUUCCUCUUGAUAAGGAUGUGAAAAAAGAAAUUACACAAGCAUUAAGGGCUGUUGGAGCUGAAUUUGAUGAUCUGAAUGCAAAGUACCGUGAUGCUGAGAAGGAAGUCAAUAUGUUGCAAAUAAAAAUACAAGAAGUUAAUGGUAACCUAUCCAGACACCACAAGGAUUUGGAAUCAAGAAAGAGAUUUAUUGAAUCCAAGCUUCAGUCUUUGGAUCAGCAAUGUUCUGGACUUGAUUCUUAUCUCAAGGUUUUAGAGUCUUCCAAGGAGAAAAGAGAUGUCCAGAGAAGCAAAUAUAAUAUUGCUGAUGGUAUGCGCCAAAUGUUUGAUCCUUUUGAAAGGGUUGCUAGAGGUCAUCAUGUUUGCCCUUGCUGUGAGCGCCCUUUCUCUCCGGAAGAAGAAGACAAUUUUGUCAAGAAGCAAAGAGUGAAGGCAGCCAGUUCAGCUGAACAUAUGAAAGUUCUUGCUGUGGAAUCCUCAAAUGCAGAGUCUCAUUAUCAGCAGCUGGACAAGCUUCGGAUGGUUUAUGAAGAAUAUGUUAAACUUGGCAAGGAGAUCAUCCCUAAUACUGAAAAGGAACUUCAGCAACUUAAAGAUGAGAUGGAAGACAAAUCUCAGGCUCUUGAUGAUGUUUUAGGUGUUUUAGCUCAAGUAAAGACUGACAAGGAUUUGGUUGACACAUUGGUGCAACCUGUUGAAAAUGCUGAUCGACUUUUCCAAGAAAUUCAAGAUUUGCAAAGGCAAGUUGAGGAUUUAGAAGAUAAGCUUGAUUUUCGAGGACAGGGAGUGAGGACUCUGGAAGAGAUUCAGUUGGAGCUUAACACACUGCAGAGCACUAAGGACAAUUUGCAAUCUGAAUUGGAGAGGUUGAGGGAAGAACAGAGGCAUAUGGAGAAUGAUCUAUCAAAUAUUCGAAUACGGUGGCAUAAUCUAACGAAGGAGAAAAUGAAAGCAACUAACAUAUUGGAAGGUGUCAAAAGAUUAGAAGAAGAAUUGGAGCGUUUAACUGAAGAAAAGACCCAAGUUGAUCUCGAUGAGAAGCAUUUGGCAGAUGCUCUUGAACCUUUUUCCAAGGAGAAAGAUAAAUUACUGGCUAACUAUAAUGAACUGAAAAUUAGACUCAGCCGUGAGUUUGAGGACCAGGCUGAACAAAAGAGAAGUUAUCAGCAAGAAGCUGAAUCACUUUUCAGAAUGAAUUCUAAGAUCAAAGAGUAUUCUGAUUUAAAGAAAGGAGACAGGUUGAAGGAACUGCAGGAAAAGAAUUCUCUAUCACAGUUUCAACUUCAAAGUUGUGAUACCAGGAAACAGGAAAUUUUAGCUGAGCUAGUCAAAAGCAAAGAUUUAAUGCAAAAUCAAGAUCAGUUAAGAAGAAAAAUUGAUGACAACUUAAAUUAUAGGAAAACAAAGGCUGAAGUAGAUGAGCUGGCACAUGAAAUUGAAACACUGGAAGAAAAUAUAUUGAAGGCUGGUGGGAUCUCCACAAUUGAAACUGAACGCCAGAAACUAUCGCAGGAGAGGGAGAGACUUCUUUCAGAGGUAAACAGAAGCCGUGGAACAAUGUCUGUUUACCAAAACAAUAUUUCCAAAAAUAAGGUUGAUCUUAAGCAGGCUCAAUACAAGGACAUAGAUAAGCGAUACUUUGACCAGCUUAUCCAGCUUAAGACAACUGAAAUGGCCAACAAGGAUCUGGACAGAUACUACAAUGCACUUGACAAGGCAUUGAUGCGCUUCCACACAAUGAAAAUGGAAGAAAUCAACAAAAUUAUUAGGGAAUUGUGGCAGCAAACUUAUAGAGGGCAAGAUAUCGACUACAUUAGUAUUCAUUCAGACUCAGAAGGUGCAGGGACCCGUUCAUACAGUUACAAGGUUCUCAUGCAGACUGGUGAUGCAGAGUUGGAGAUGAGAGGAAGAUGUAGCGCAGGUCAGAAGGUUCUGGCAUCUCUUAUCAUACGGUUGGCACUAGCUGAAACGUUUUGUCUCAAUUGUGGAAUUCUUGCACUGGAUGAACCUACCACAAAUUUGGAUGGACCAAAUGCUGAAAGUCUGGCUGCAGCUCUCGUAAGGAUCAUGGAGGACAGGAAAGGGCAGGAAAAUUUUCAACUAAUUGUAAUCACUCACGAUGAGCGUUUUGCUCAACUGAUUGGUCAGCGCCAGCAUGCAGAGAGAUAUUAUCGUGUCGCCAAAGAUGACCUCUGUGAUGCCCACGAAACGACUGUUCCAAUGAUGGAUAUGACCUUGGAUUUUGUCAUCCCUGUACAGGUUAGGUUGUCUGACAAGAAUGUGUUUUCAAGAAAUGUGAGUGAAGGAAGAAAAAUUAUGACACUCAAUAUGAAGUCCCUGAAAAUAGUUUAG